AUGGAUUUGGUUGGAGAACAGAAGUAUAUGUACUAUUGUAUGGAGAAGAAACAGAUGUGAGUAAAACCUUUCAUUUGCAUUUGUUGAGCAGAUCCUUUAGUGGCAAUUUCAAUAGGGAAUUCACAUGUACUAUAUCAGAAGCAUUGGGAUUCAUCUUUUGAAAGGAAACACCUUUGUUGACUCUGACAAUGUUCACUUUGAGUUUUUCAACAGCCUAGGGGUCUAACUUUCUCAAUUUCAAAGGACGGGGAUCAUAAAAACUAGACAACAAGCCCCUCCUCUUAUGACCUGGUGUAUCUGCAUGAUGCCUUGGCUUGAUAGGCUUUAAGGCCAUGAUUGGCUCAUGUUUCAAUGUUUGCCUACCUGGAAUUUCCCAUUUUCUUGGCUAAGAAGUGCAAGGAACGUCAUUCUCACAUUGAUUUUUCAUUUCAUUGUUCUGUGACAUCUCCAAUUUCCAUAUAACUGCCAUGACAUGGCAACUGCAGCCACCCCUACCAGCAGGACAUAAUAAAUCGCCUCAGCUGGUGUGAGUUUGGGUUUUCCAACUAGGUUAACAAUCAUACGUGCUUUAUAUUUUUCACAAUAUUUUUUUGUAGGAGGCCCAAAAAAAACAAUGUCGUUAUCAACAAGUUUAGAUACUUCAUGAUCAAGAUCAUGUACAACAUUUCCGCAAUGGCAUAUGUAGAGAGAGAUUUUUUUUAGUUAUUUUGCCCCAUUCCUUAACGUGAUCUAGGGUAUCCAUAUGAAGCUUAUCUUGUGGCACGGUAUCCAGCUGGCUUUUUUUUAAAUUUCCUGGGGUUGGGCUAAUUUUGCCCAGGUGAAGCCUUUGCCUAGGAAUCAUAAACGUUAUCUCUAUUUUCAGGCAUAACAUUAAGGUUCUUGACUAUGUGGGCCAGGAAACAAAUGAAUUUAUCGUAUCUUUCAGUCGGUUUAUAAAGUUAUACAAUCAUUUCACCUUCAACUUAACGUUCGUAAAGGACUUUCUCAGCAUGCAAAGAAAGUCGUGUCCGAUAGCCCGGGGCUAGUGGAUUUUGUUAUCAGGCUAGUGAUUUUUGUUCUUAACUUGCCCGAUGGGCAAAGGCUGUUUUUUUGGGGAAAUUCAAAUUACAGAAGGAUUGUAAUCAAUCCUGCUAAUCAAAAACAGUUUUGGGGCUAGUUGAAAUGACUUUUGGGCUGGUACAUGCUAACUACAGCUUGCCCAAAUGGCAGGCUGUAAAACUGACUUUCUUUGCACCAUGCUUUCUUGUUAACGCUUUGGUUUAUUCUUCUACAUUUUAAACUAGAAUUUUACCUGGUCCUGUUCUUUCGUCGGGUGUCAAUUUGACAACUUCAAUAUUUACUUGCUCCAUCUUGAAACUUUUUCGACAACCCAUUUGUUUUUACCGCCAGGCGUCACGAAGGUCGGAGGGCCCUUAGGCCUCGCUUCCAUGCAACUGCUGGUUUUUUCCUGAAUCGGCGUAUUGUGGAGACUAUUAAUUUUUAGGAACCUUUUUGCUAAGGAUUUCCCUUGCAUGGGCGUAACAACCAGAUGUCCAUUACUGCUAAAUAUGAUGAUAUUAGAUUUUUUGAUAUUUUCUUUAAGCUUCAAUUCUUGAGCAUGUUUAUGCAUUACAUCAAGGGAUUGUUCCAAUCCUUCUGGUGAAUUACUAAUUACUUUAGGACAGAUCAUCAGCAUAGGUCAGGCAAUUUAGUGAUGGAUUACCUAACUUUAUGCUAGGGCAGUAAAGUGAUUUUUAAACAAAUAAAAUAUCACUGGGCUUAACCCUUUAAACCCUAAGAUUCAAAUUUGAAUUCUCAUUUGUUGCCCCUAUUCACUUCCUACAGAAGUAGUGGGGAGAAGUUGAUAAAAUAUCAAGCAAAUUCAUCUUGUGUGAUCAUGUCCGUAAUUCUCAUGACCACACUGUUUUACAAAGCAACGAUAUUACAAGGAGAAAUUUAAUGCUGAUUACUCUUAGGGUUUAAAGGGUUAAGCCAAACCCUUGUCGUAUGCCUUUGUUACAUAACAUACUAUCAGUCAUUGUGUUUUGAUUGACUUUCACACAACUCCAACUAAUUGGCCGACUGACUGGUGGACUGGUGGAUGACUUGCUGACUGACUUACUGACUUCUCUGCUUACCAACUUACUGACCAAUUGACUGGCUGACUGGUUCAAUUACUGACUGGCUGGCUGACUGACUGACUGACUGUGGCUGAUAGACUGCUUGACUUACUGGCUAUAAUACUUGUCACAAACUGUUGAAACAAAACCUGUUUUUCUUGAAUUUUUUGGAAAAUUUUGCACAUUCACUCUUCUCACUUUUGUUCUCACUCAAAUGUGCCCCUCUCCUUCCCCAAUGUUCAGCCACGUGUAUUUUGGAGCACUGAGACUACUGUAAUACCCAAAUCAACAUUGGGGAAGAGGGAAAAUCACACAAACGUUUCAAGAUUUGUGACGAGUAUUGUAGCUCAUUGACUAAUUGACUUGACUGACUGGCUAACGUACUGAGAUUCAUGCUAAGAAAAGGCAUUAAUUUUAAUGCCUUCAUGAUGUGAAUCAAGAUUACCGCAGUUGCUGAUGAAAAUGACUGAUUUUCAUUUCAGAUCAGAUUUGUCCAGCAGAUGUGUCAAGACCUCAACAGCCAGGAUUUUGAGCUUAUCUUCAGUACUGUAAGUGCUGUAUAGAUUGCUUUGUAAUCCAGCUAUUGAGUGAACUAGAUAAACUGAAGUCGUGCAGCUUGCUUAAAGCAAGAUUGACAUACAGUGUCAUCAGCUUUUAGUGGCCAUACCUGGCCUAAUUUAAUUCAAAAAUUCAAAAUUGUUUCAAAUUUAAUGUUUCUGUGAAAUGAGAGAUACAUGCACAUGUCUAAAUAUAAUAGUGAAAGAAAACACCACUUGAGUGACUUGACUUCUUCUUGAUGUUAAUAUUUAGCAAGCUGUUUAUUGUUUUCUACUGAGAAGGCAGAGAUUCAACAAAAUUUCCAAACUCAAAGGAAGAAUAUAUUAAACAGGGCUGUCAUAAGGAGCCGGGGACCGAAGAUUUCCCUCGGCUAAUAUGAGUGUGGUCCCUAGCUACUUUUAUUGGAAAAUAGAAGAAAAAUAGAACCAAAAGAAAUCCCCAGCUGUUUGAUUCCCGGCCUACUUGUUGUAUUUACCCGGCNGUAUUUUGGAGCACUGAGACUACUGUAAUACCCAAAUCAACAUUGGGGAAGAGGGAAAAUCACACAAACGUUUCAAGAUUUGUGACGAGUAUUGUAGCUCAUUGACUAAUUGACUUGACUGACUGGCUAACGUACUGAGAUUCAUGCUAAGAAAAGGCAUUAAUUUUAAUGCCUUCAUGAUGUGAAUCAAGAUUACCGCAGUUGCUGAUGAAAAUGACUGAUUUUCAUUUCAGAUCAGAUUUGUCCAGCAGAUGUGUCAAGACUUCAACAGCCAGGAUUUUGAGCUUAUCUUCAGUACUGUAAGUGCUGUAUAGAUUGCUUUGUAAUCCAGCUAUUGAGUGAACUAGAUAAACUGAAGUCGUGCAGCUUGCUUAAAGCAAGAUUGACAUACAGUGUCAUCAGCUUUUAGUGGCCAUACCUGGCCUAAUUUAAUUCAAAAAUUCAAAAUUGUUUCAAAUUUAAUGUUUCUGUGAAAUGAGAGAUACAUGCACAUGUCUAAAUAUAAUAGUGAAAGAAAACACCACUUGAGUGACUUGACUUCUUCUUGAUGUUAAUAUUUAGCAAGCUGUUUAUUGUUUUCUACUGAGAAGGCAGAGAUUCAACAAAAUUUCCAAACUCAAAGGAAGAAUAUAUUAAACAGGGCUGUCAUAAGGAGCCGGGGACCGAAGAUUUCCCUCGGCUAAUAUGAGUGUGGUCCCUAGCUACUUUUAUUGGAAAAUAGAAGAAAAAUAGAACCAAAAGAAAUCCCCAGCUGUUUGAUUCCCGGCCUACUUGUUGUAUUUACCCGGCAACUUGAAAUCUUAGUGACAACCCUGUUAAACAGUUUUGUUAAAAAUGUUGCUCAUAUUUUUUAAAUGUAUUUGUCAAUGAAUUCUUGUUUUGAUCUUUUCAUGAAAGACAGCUUAAAGCUCUAGAACAGUUUGAGGCCAAAGUGUAUACAGUUCUUUCCAACAAGUAGCACAUGUGUAAAUAGGACUUAAAAAAAUUGUUCAUUUUCAAAUUCAUUUAGAAAUUAUUUUGAAUUAUUGACUGAUAGCAUUAAGCACUUUGGGUUUUUUCUCUUUUGCUUGAUGGUUUCAAAAUGUUACAUGUGCACAGUUCAAAUCAAAUCUUAAAAUUAGAGUUUUUUCUGACAAAUGCCAACUCAUACAUGAUCUGCUAUGAAUGAGCUGUGCUACAAUGUUGGUACAAUAAGUUCUUCUUUUGGUCAUUAUUUUAUUAUAGUUCUGCAAUCUACAUGAUGCCAUUUGAGUGGACUCAUUUAUUGACUGAUUGACUGUUUCCUUGAAUGACUGGUCCUUAGCUGAUUGACCAACUGACUAAAUGAGUGUCUAACUGACUAAUUGAAGGAAUGUCUGGCGGAUUACAUGACUGACUACAUGUACCUGACAGACUGAGUGACUGUGUAACUCUCUUACUAACCAAAUGACUGCAGAUUAUAUUACUGGUUAACUGACUGAUUGACUGACCGAUAGACUGGCUGACGUAUUUGGUGACUGACUGACUCAUUGACUGACAAAAUGGUUGACUUGUUGACUGACUGACUGAUUAACUGACUUACUAAUUGACUGACUGAAUGACUGACUUACAGUUGACUGACAAACUGGCAAACUGAUUGACUGAUUAGCUGACUUUCUUUACUGCUGGACUGGAUGGCUUUUUUUGCUGAUUGACUGACUGAGUCAUUGAUUGACAUGGUGAAUAACUGACUGGUUUAUCAACCUACUGACUAGUUAACUGACUGGCUGACUGGCUGACCACCUUAGCAAAUAACAUACUGACUAACUGACUGGCUACCUGACUGACAGAUUGACAAAUCAACUAAGUAACAGUUACUAGCUGACUUAGUGGGCAACUGACUUACAUGAACCAACUAACUGACUGACUUACAAACCGACCAACUGAGUAACUGACCUUCUGACUGAUUGACUCAGGACUAAUCAAGCAACUGCCUUACUAACUGAGAAACUGUAAUCAGCGACAAAAUUGUUGGGUAACUUCAACAAACAAAAGAAUCCUCACCCCUCCCUUGUCCCCUCCUUUCACUAGGGACAAAGCAAACUGUCUGUAAUAAUAAGCUUUUUGAACUAAGCGGGUGUCUGUAAAGCAAGGUUUGACUUUAAUAGGAAUUAGUCUGUUCUGAAAAUAAGUGAUGAGCUUCAUUGAAUAUUUUAAAUUCUGUUUCCAGAUCAGAUGCCACAGAAAGACUGGACAAGGACUUUCAUGAGCCAAGAGCCUCUGUUAUCUUCAGAAAUGUAAUUGCUGUGUGUUUUGUGUCUUAA